UUGGUCCUGCAAAGGUUCUAGUGAAGGUGUAGAUUGUAGCAGGUGGAGAUUGCAUAACGAAUAUGAAGAAAAAUCAUAUGAAGAAAAAAAACAGGCUGCAACACAAGACACAUCAACACAGUAUUCCUCCCUGGCACAAUCUACAAAAGUCUAGUUUAUUUAGAGUAGAUAUUUAAUUUUAUUUGAUAUAAUUUUAUUCUAUUUUAUUUUAUUUCAUUUGAUUUUAUUUAUUCUACUCUAUUUUAUUUUGUUUUAUUUAUUAAUUAUUCCCAGCAUCAUGAAAUUCCAGGUUCGUGUCAUUUACCUGGCCGUGUGGAUGGUCUUCCUGCUUGUGUUCAUCCGAGUCGAUUUCAGAUUUAGUUUGGGUGAUUUCAUCGAUGUCACUGAGCGGGUGUGCGGGUGCACGAGCUGCAUAAUGGACCCACAGGAAGAGCCGUGGUUCAUAGAGCGCUACGACGGCAAGGUGCCAAAACUUAUGAACAGGGCCAACAGUAAUAUCAGCGCACUCACACAUAACUGGUGGAUGAGGCUCCAACCGUCACGAUCAGUGAAUCUCAGUGACGUCGUGGAACCUCUGUUCUCACUCUUUCGUGAUGAGGAACACUACAGUGACUCUGGUCCUGACCGCUGUAGAACCUGCGCUGUGGUCGGCAACUCGGCCAACUUGAUUAGAUCCCAUUAUGGUGCUAUGAUAGAUGCUCACGACUUUGUUUUCAGGAUGAAUCAUGGUCCAACACAAGGCUAUGAGAGGGAUGUUGGGUUAAAGACCACACACAGGGCAAUUUAUCCAGAGAGCGCUGUAGACCUGGACAACUCCACCCAUCUAGUCCUGCUGCCUUUUAAAGUUUUGGAUCUGCAGUGGCUCAUUAGUGUCUUCACCACCAAAAACAUUACACGUACAUAUCAUGCAGUGAAACCUUAUAUAAAAGCGAACAAAGAUAAGGUGAUGAUCAUUAAUCCUGAGUUUAUAAGAUACGUCUACGAAAGAUGGUUGAUGAAAAAGGGGAAAUAUCCAUCCACUGGCUUCAUCAUACUCAUGUUGGCCGUGCAUAUCUGUGACCAGGUGAAUGUAUUUGGAUUUGGGGCCAGUGCAAAUGGACGAUGGUACCAUUACUUUGACCACUGGCAUCGUCAGUCCAUUCAUGCAGGUGUACACAGAGGGGGAGUUGAAUAUGAUGUCAUCCUGAAACUUGAGCAGCAACAGAGGAUCAAAAUGUAUAAGGGAUGGUGAUAGAGUCAGAUGACACUCUUUUAAAAGACACUCCCAUCAUCACGAAACUCUCUGGCAGCAUAACAUCAUUUAAGCGUGAGUCAUAUCGGCUCAAUCCUUCACGUUAUUGAUGAGUAACAGAGCUUCAUUUAAACUCAGUGGCUCUCGACAGCACACACUUCUGUACAGAUGACUGUUUUCUUUCUCUAAUACACUUAAUCCAAUUCAUUAUCUCAUUAUCAAGCCCUUCAUUAUCUGGAUCUGGUGGGAUUGGACACUAAAUACGAUAUAUACAGUACUGUGGGAAUGUAAAUCAGCAACAUGUUUACUUUUCUAGAUUUAUAUCAUGCAAAAAAGAUAAGCUGCGUAUGUGUACACUACACGGAUGCACAUUGUACAGUAGGUAUACAAUUGCCGACUGUUGUUAUGAACUAUUUGUCUACUGUAUUAUUGACUACACAAUGUGUAAAGUGCAGCAUUAUGUUUCAUCCUGUGAUUGAUCAAUAAUAAUUAAAUCGCAAUUAAAUUUCUUGGAAAAACUUGUCAAAAUGUUCCUGUGUCCAUUGUUGCCAGGCGUGUGUACUUCUUCCUGCAGUAGCUAUUUAUUGUUUAAAGUAUUAGAGCUGAAGUGUGGAGUACAUAAAAAGAUUUAUUUGCA